AUGACAGAAAGGACACCGAGGUACCAAACCAGAAGCAAAUCAAAGACAGGCGCUAACCAACAGCCCGACGACAAUUUGUUGGGGGCAGCUGCACUCUCAGCGAAUACAGGGGCAGUCAGAAAGAAUUUUGGAGCAGAUAAGAAUUUUGAAUCGGAUACCGAUGACUUAACACCACAAAAUGAUAAGAUAAGUAACUCCUCUAAUUCUCCACCACCCACUGCAAUGCUUGUUCGUAAAAGAGCGCUUGCAGAGACUUUUAGAGACGAGCACAAUGUAAACCUGAGCUUGGCUGAACUUCCAAGCUUGUACGAAAAGCAUGGCUUGUACGAAAAGCAUGGCUCAUAUGAAAACCCUGGUUGUAAUGAAAAUUCUGGCUCAUAUCAAAACCCUGGCUUGCAUAAAAACCCUGGCUCUCAACAAAACCCUGGCUUAUCCCUGCUAUAUCACACUAGGACUGAUAAUAUUGAACCUCAAAAUAGAAGUAGAAAUAGAUUUAGUACUAACCUAGACAGGACAACUAAAAAACAAUUCGAAGAACUUUUACAUUUUGCUCAGGAAAACAAACAUAUUCUUAAUGUCAAAUUGAAGCCCACUGAAGUCAUUACGUUAAAUUCCUUGUGGAAUGACUUUGCCACAAGAAUAAACAAAAAAAAUAUUGGCCCGGCAAAGACGUCGAGCCAAUGGAAGCAAGUUUUCACUGAAUGGAAGGCAAAUGUGCGGCGCAAGGCUAGGGUGGUGGAGCAAAGUAGGAUCCAAACUGGAGGAGGGCCAGCAAACUCAACAGGAUUGAAUCCCAUUGAGGAGCAAUUGCUGGCCCUCACUUCCAAAAUAUAUUUUGGAGAUUGCGAUAUUGAAGAGGCUGGUGUCUCAGCCUCCGCCCCAGCCGCAGCAUCACCUCCAGGUUAG